CCCACCCUCUGUGAUCUAACGGAUGCCCUAGAAACCAUAUGGAGUUCUAUAGGCACUGGGCACCCCCCACAUCCCAGUCCCUGACCAGAGGGAACAGGCAGUAUAGUAUUGGGAAGAAUGGAUAAACACGGCGUGAAGACCCCUUUGUGGAGGAAAGAGGUAGAGGAUCCCGAGGCCAGAGAGGAGGAGCUGGAGGACGAUUCAUCGUCGUCCUCGUCGCCGUCCUCAGUGGAGGAGAGGUCGGACCCCGAGAGCGCGACGGAGACGGAGGAGGACUCCCGAGAGGCGGACGAGCGAGAGGCCCGCUCGGUGUCCUACAGUCCGCUGCGCCAGGAGCCCAGCAGCCAGCAGGUGGCGCUGCUGCGACGCUCGGACAGCAGCUUCUGGGGCUGGCUCAGCCCGUUCGCUCUGCUGGGUAGCCUGGCGGCCCCCGCGGACAGGAAGCGGGGUGCCCCGGAGGAACGGUGCGUGUUGGAGACCCGGCGGCGGCCACCGCGCCUCGGGGGCUGUGCGCGCUGUGAGAUCCUUUUCUGCAAGAAAUGCAAGACUCUGCACAGCCACCCGGCCUACGUGGAGCACUGUAUUCUUGAGCAUCCUGACCUGGGUAAGGUGGAGGCCGCCAGCAACUCUGAGCUCUACCACUCCCAGCUCCUGCGCCCAAAAUGCUCCAAACUCUUCUAUCUCUAGUGAGUUCCACAGAACUGUCCCUUCAAACCGCCAUCCUUAGCGCCUCCCUCCACUGUCGGUUCACGGUUCCACCUGUUGUCUUGCAGAACUAUAGCAGAAACUAGACACUCCUCCCCAGACAGUACCCAGCACCUACAGCCCUCCUGACCCUCACACCUUCAACACAGCCUUACCUGCAUUGUUUUCGGGUCCUCUGGCCUCUAUCCAGGCAUGGCCUGGAGAAAAAUAGCCUCGGGGUUCCCUCUGCCCUCUUAAUAAAUUGCCUCGUUCCCUCUAACUCGGCAAUAAAGU